UACGACUUCUACGCCUGGUGCUGCUGCUGUUUCUGCUGUGUAUCUGGAUAAUGCCAAUAAAAUGUGAGGCUGUGCAGGCAGCGACAACAUCGAGCAACAUUAGUUGCAUACAAUCUCUCGUCGAGUUGAAAUCGAAUUCGCUUAACGCUGGGUUUUCUCGUUUGGUUCUUGGAUCUUAUAGCUCAUUCAUAUUUUAAUUGUCACGGGUAUUGGUAUACCUAUCUACCUAUUCCUCCCUCCUCGUUCUCCAGAUUAAAAAAAAGUAAAAAAGGUUGCUUUCGAUGGCACAGGAACGGAUGUUGUUGGGUGUUCGAAUCAAAUUAUGCUAAUGGCCCUGAAGGAACAUAGUGCUGCAUCAGUGUUUCCAUUUUCUGAAUCAGACUGUGUGUCGCCUCUUGCGCCAGAGUCCAGAGUACCAGUACCAGUGACAGUGAUAGUGCCAGGAAAGUAAACAUUUCGUGACGGGUAAAUUUUGCAUCGACCGACAACGAUGAAUCCGCUGUUCGGGUUCGAAAACGUGUGAACUGUGAAGUUUCGGGAAUAAAAUAAAAGUGAAAAAUAAAAGUAGGUACUCACCUUUAUUUUUGUUGUCGUAUAAGAAACAAACAAAGCGAACUAAAGCUCUUUCUUGGUCCCUUAAAUUAAUGCAAGGAAUGCUAGUGGUCGUCGUAUACGAAACGAAACGUCUACGUCGUCGUCGUCUUCGUGUGUCGUCCAGGUCCAGCAUCAUCAUUGGUUGAGGGUCGAAUCGAGACUUGGGGCACGUUAUUCGAGACCAACAAUUAGCAAGUAGUGUUGUUCCGGUCUAAUUAAUACCGCGCCAAACAAACAAAACUAUCCGCGCCAGAGAACGUGUGGAUGUGGAUGAGUGUGGCGACAGUGCGCGACCGGUUUUCAAAUUUUUCAGUAUUCUUAACUUGUUUUAUUUUAUUGUUGUGUGUCGUCGUUGUGGUUGUUUUUUAAAAUAAAAUAAUAAAAAGAAAUGUCCACUUUAAGUAGCCUGUUGGUGUUUUUGAACAUUUUGUUCGUGGUCAUUGCGUCGGACCACUCGAAUGACCCUUGUUAUUCAGCCGAUGGAAAGGGUCGGAAAUGUGUUCCGAGCUUUGUGAACGCUGCAUAUGGCAAUCCGGUGGAAGCUUCUUCCACUUGUGGCCUGAGGCAGCCGGAACGAUAUUGUGAGGUCGAUAGGAAUGACCGAACCACUUCGUGCAGUGUGUGUGACGACGCUAACCCCGAACUGCGUUAUCCAGCAUCUGCCCUAACUGACCUGAACAAUUCCAAUAACGUUACAUGCUGGCGAUCUGCAUCGGUACCAAUACCACUGGCUGGCGAUAACUCCCCACCUGACAAUGUCACUCUGACCAUUUCGCUGGGCAAGAAGUAUGAGCUCACCUAUGUCAGUCUUACUUUCUGUCCAAAGUCCCCGCGGCCAGACUCGAUGGCCAUAUACAAAAGUCUGGACCAUCGAAAAACUUGGCAACCAUUCCAGUUCUACAGCUCACAGUGUCACAAGUUCUACGGCCGACCCGACCGAGCUAAGAUAAGUAAAUUCAACGAACAGGAGGCCCGCUGUCUGAGCUCGCAACGCACAUCGGGCGAUAUCCAUCGGUUCGCUUUUAAUACUCUCGAAGGACGUCCAUCGGCAAACGACAUUGAUUCCUCGCUGGUGCUGCAGGACUGGGUUACAGCAACAGAUAUUCGUGUGAUAUUCCACCGAUUGGAUGUGCCACGCGACUUACUUGUCACUAAUCGCUUUGGCAUUAGCAUGGCAGACGGUGAACGCAAAUACACUAACGACAAAUCCGUGGACACCAACAGCGCUAUCGAAACAAAAUUCACUGGCAAACUAUCAGCACCAUUAUCGUCAUCGUCGUCAUCAUCAUCAUUAUCAUCAACAUCAACAGUGAUGGGGACAUCUAGUGCUGCAGCUCUUGGGCAGCAUUAUGCCGUAUCAGAUUUCGCUGUUGGCGGACGAUGCAAGUGCAAUGGGCAUGCUUCCGAGUGUGUGGCAAACGGCGAGGACGGCCAAUUGGUGUGCGACUGCAAACACAAUACCGCCGGUUUUGAAUGCGAGCGCUGCAAGCCGUUUUACUUUGAUCGGCCAUGGGGACGUGCCACCGACACUGACGCCAACGAAUGCAAGAUUUGUAACUGUAAUGGACACGCACGUCGAUGCCGAUUCAAUGUGGAGCUGUAUAAAUUAUCUGGGCGAGUAUCGGGUGGGGUGUGCUACAAUUGCCAACACGACACCACUGGUAGAUAUUGUCACUAUUGCAGAGAGGGCUACUACAAAGACUCGACAAAACCAAUUAAUCAUCGAAAAGUUUGCAGACGCUGUGACUGUCAUCCAGUUGGAUCAACCGGAAAAGUAUGCAAUCACAUUUCUGGACAAUGUCCUUGUAAGGAUGGUGUUACUGGUCAAACAUGUAAUCGAUGUGCAAAGGGUUAUCAACAAACCAGAUCACAUGUAGCACCUUGCAUAAAAAUUCCAUCAGUUAUAAAUGCUAUUCAAGCUGAAAGUGCUAGUCAAAGUACAGAUGAUAGUGGAAAUGAUAAAACAGAUGAUAUGAAAGCAUAUUGUGGAAAAUGUAAAACAACUCCGAAGAAACUGAACUUGAACAGAUUUUGCAAGGAAGAUUAUGCUAUAAUGGCAAAAGUUGUUGGCCACGAUCGAGCAUCGAUGGAAAUCAGCACAGAACAAUACUCAAUCGAACGACAAAACGAAAUUUUUAAAUUUGAAAUUAACAUCCAAGCAAUUUUCAAACGAAAUCCUGCCUCCGGAACGACUAGUGCUCUUUUGGGACGUGGACCGAUGGUUUUGUUGGUGCCUCGCAAGAAUCUCGAAUGUCAAUGUCCGAAGAUUAAACUAAAUAAAUCUUACUUAAUUCUUGGAAGAGAUUCAGAAGCAGCACCUGGUUAUUUAGCUGUGGGACCAAGUUCGGUGGUAUUCGAAUGGAAGGACGAAUGGUCAUUGCGAAUGAAAAGAUUCCAACGCAGAUCAAGAAAAUGCAGUUGAAUUGAACCGGAAACGGAGUACGUCAAGACGGAUUUUAACUUUAUUCAUUUGGAUAGAAUUCGAUUUGUGUAUAAAUUGUACAGCAUAGCAAAGCUUCUUACAUUUUUUGGUAUAAUGUUAUAAAAAAUCAAAUCAAUUAUUAUAAAUAAUAAUAAUAACCAUCAAAAACAACAAUAUUUAUUUUUAUCAUCAUUAUCUAUAGUAGGCAAUAUAUAUAAAUUAUUUUAUUUUAUAUUUAUUUUUUAAUGGCAACUUCCUUUAAAAUACAAAAACAUAUCUAAUGUUAUUUUAAGUUUUAUUUAGAAAUUUUAACAAAAACAAAAGAAAACACUUGUAUUUUUUAGUAUAUGUCAUUUAAAUUGAGUGACGGCAGAGUAGCAGUAAGAGUAGCAGUAAGAGUAACAUAUUGUAACGCAUCGGAUCACCUUGUUUCGGGCAUUCGUCAUAAGCGAAUGUUUGGCCGUAAAUCAAAGUGUUCUGAAAUAUUUCCUAUCUAAAUAUGUGUAUGUAUGUAGGGUAGGAAAGGUAUACCUUACCUAUACUAUUAUGUACAUUAUUUGCAAGGUUCAUGACAGUUUCAUUAAUGGGAACACUGACCAUUGUUAAACAACUGUACCAUGACCAUGGCUGUGAUUGUAAAUCACAGACGGGCCAGCCAGUCAACAUAGUUUCAGUUUCAUGUCUGUUUGAUUUAUUGGUAAAAUAGCAUACACCACUAUUGCCGGCCACCACCACCGCCGCGCCGCUGCUGCUUUUGUUGCCAGCCGUACCGGUCCGGAACAGCGAGUCCUAUAUAAGCUAUACCUAUAUUCCUCGUGCUAACACCACCUUAAUACCCUGAAUAAGCGCUAGAAAUUUCGUUUCAAUGCAAAUAAAAUCGGGAAAUAGGAGUUGCUCUUAAUGAUAUAGCAACAGAUUGACGAGUUUUUGUAUUUCAAUUUCGUUACACUAAUCGCAUAUCAAUAUGCAGAGCAGAUGCAAAACAAAUAGAAACAGAAAUCAAAACAGUCUAUAAACUUUAAAGAUGGUUUAAACUUGAUUACUUUCAAAAAAUGAAAACGGUUCAACUGAGGUUACAAGUUCUAUAGGUUCCGGGAGUGCAGAGGUUUGUCGGAGAUUUGUUUUCUUAAACAAAAAAAGACAAAUGAAAUUUUUAACCCGGCUCAUGUCCACGUCCAUAGCCCAAAGUUCAUUCCAUUAUAUCUUUCAUAAACGGGAUGUUUAUCGAAGUUUCUGUGUAUAUCGUGACUUUAGCUACCAAUUUAAAUUAUGCCUUCUCAGCUACUUUCGGAAAAAAAAUCCAUCGUUAAAAAAAGCUUGUGAUUUCAUUAUUAAUGGGAAAUCUUUUUAAAAGGAAGGGCUUCCAAAAAGAGGUCCCAUUUUGAAUACCUGCACUAUUUAAGUUGAUGUCCCUUUUGAUUUUACAAACCUACGCCAAUACUAUAAAUGCAACGAUACACGCUUCGAAACUGCAUUGAAAUUUGUAACUCACAAUUCACAGUUUUGAGAGAAAAGUUAUGUCUCAAAAGUGAGGUCACAAUUGGUAACCUAGAUCUUGUAAGUAAAAAACUUUAGACUUCUUUUAUUGGAACUGCAUGAAAGAUAAGGUCAAGUUAAUGAUGGAUUUCGUGUAGUUAUCGAGGACGGAAAAGUUCAUGUAUACUCUUCGUAUACAAUAUACUCUUCUAACUUCAUGACGGUCAAGAUGGAUAUGAGCCUAAUAUUAAUUUCAAUUGUUAGUGGCAAACUUUCUUCUUUAAACAAGGACGUCUGAUAUAAUAUUUCAAGUAAAGUAACAAUCGUUGUCCUAAACUAAGAUUAAAUGGAGUGUCAUAUUAUACAACUCUAAAUUUUCGAUUUCGAUGUGAUUUCAAUCGUUACAUAGAAUCUUAUGCUGUUGUCUUGAUGAAAACACAUCUUGUUAGAGUAAUUCAAAAAAACUAAACUUACUAAAACUUAAUACUCUUGGACAAUAUUUAACUGAGGGCAUUGAAAUUGUUUGUUUAUGAUAUUAUUAUUGAGUCAUUUACCUAGUUUGUCGUAAAGUUUAUUGCCUCACCAUUUCUACCGUUAUUUCAACGGUUUUUGCUGUAGCGAUAUAGUCAGUUGAUCCUUACAAAAAAUGAGCAGCAAAUCUCGAAGUCAACUUCAGUAAAACUCUUCAGCACAGAUAAUUCUUCUUUACUCGUACUAAGCGAAUGUUGAAUGCUUUACUACAAUAUGUUUACCAAGCCUAUUUCAAUAUUCUCGGAAUCCGAAACAAAUGUGCAUCGAUAUCUUCUCUCAAACGUUUUCUUCCUUUCCUGUUCGCACUGUGUCUGUCACAAAAGGGGCAUUAAAAACCCCUUUAGUGAGCCUCAUUUAAAAAAAAAAUUAUAUUUUCUAUGAGAAUAAUUGAAAAGAAUAAACCUUAAGACCAAAAGACUAAACGCUAUGAUAAUGAAAAACAUUCCAAACUCCAUCUUUUACUAGUUCUUGUCUAAUUUUCGGUUAACCACUGUUUUCAAAACACAUCAUUAAUUCCAAUUAAAGCAUAAGAAUAGGAACUAAUGUUUUAGUCAUCUGAUCAUUUUUCUAAAAAAAAGAUUCGAUUCAAAUAAAUAAACGUAGUCAAUUUAAUUUUGUUUGGUAUCGAAUAAGAUCGUUUUUGUCAUUAACUCACUUAUUAGGCAGAACAACAACUUACAACCGGUUCAGUAUUCCUGGUAGUAGAAAAAGUAUAUUAUACAGAAAAGGUUUGUUCUUGAAAAUUUUAUAUUCAUAUGAUGGUCAUUUUGUUUUGACUUGAUUUGGUUUUUUAUGUUUUUAUUAUCAUAUAUGUUUUUAAACCUUUUGAUAUGAUACACCCACGACCCACAUGGGUACCAACAAAUUCUCAUACCCAUAGAAAACUUAUCUUGUGUGCUCUCAAUUUAUUAUAGCCAUUAAAAUAAUAUUGCCUACUGAAAAAUAUACCUUUUAUCCAUUUUUAAAAUUAACAAAAAUCAACAUUCUAGACAAAAAUAUAAACAAAGAUAAAAAAACAAUACAAUUAAAAGACUUUGACAAAUAAUAAUAUAUCUUAAAAAAAUAAAAAAAGAACUUUAUAUUCUAGUAUCUAUCUAAAGCAAGCCUUUUAAUGGUACUAUUUGUUUUUUUAUAAUAUUUGUUUCGAUUUUAUUUCAAAUAAAUGCUGUUUAAUUAAAAUAUUCAUCAAUCGAAUUUAUUAUACUGAAAUAUAAAAAUCUAUCUAUAUUAGGGAACCAAUAUUCCAAUAUAUGUACUGUAUAAUUUACCAUCGUAAAAUAUAACUUUGUUUCAGUAUAAGGUUUUAUUUUACUUUAAUUUUUUUAAUAAAAAAUAAAAAAAGAAAUACAUAUUGAAUAAAGUUUAUCUUGUCGUAAUCCGUUUCCGAUAAGUUGCUUAAAGUUUCAUUUUUUUAAAUGAUAAAAUAGAAGCGCACAAAAAGUAAUUUAACCAAAAAAUAAACAAUAGAACAAUGAGUGAUACAUUUUAUUAUUACAAGUACUUAAUUUCUAUUUAAACAACAAUACAAAACAAAAAGUAAACAAAUGUAAAAUUAAAACAAAAUAAAUAAAACUAUUUAACAUAUCUGAUGUAAAGUAUUAUCGUAAUAUCAUUUUUUAACUUUAAGAUAGAUUUAGUAAUUUUAUUUGUUUACAGUUAAUAAUUUUGGUGUAUUUAAGUGAUAAAACUGGAGUUUCUUUUUUUUUCAAUUUAACUCAAGCUGAAACAAAA